GAGGACCUUCUUCCGUUCACCACAGUCCGCCCUCAAUACCUAGUGUCCCUACUUCCCCCCAUACCCGCUCGCCUCCCUUACUUCUGUUAUCACUGAACAUGGCUUCCACAUCUGCUGCUGGGGCCGCUGGCGCUCCGGUCACUGGCGAGAUGACCAGCCGCGACUACUACGCCGACUCGUACGCUCACUUUGGUAUUCACGAGGAGAUGCUCAAGGACGAGGUCCGUACUCUCGCCUACCGAAAUGCCAUCAUGAACAACCCCCACCUCUUCAAGGGCAAGACUGUCCUCGAUGUUGGAUGUGGAACUGGUAUCUUGUGCAUGUUCGCCGCAAAGGCAGGUGCCAAGAAGGUCGUUGGAGUAGACAUGAGCAACAUCAUUGAUCAGGCCAAAGUCAUCGUGGAGAAGAAUGGCUUUGGAGAUGUGAUUACCCUGGUCAAGGGCAAGCUGGAGGAGGUUGACCUUGGUCUUGGACCAGAUGGAAAGGUGGACGUUAUCAUCUCCGAGUGGAUGGGAUACUUCCUCCUCUACGAGAGCAUGCUGGACACUGUCCUCGAUGCAAGAGACAAGUACCUCGCCCCAGGAGGUAUCAUGAUGCCCGACGAGGCCACCCUCUACCUGUCUGCCAUUGAGGACCAGGAGUACAAGAACGAGAAGAUCGGCUUCUGGGACGAUGUGUACGGCUUUGACUACUCUUGCAUCAAGGAUAUUGCCCUCAAGGAGCCUCUGGUGGACACUGUGGAGCUCAAGGCAGUCGUCUGUGACCCCGCAAAGGUCUUGCACCUUGAUCUGACAAAGUGCACAAAGGCGGACCUGACCUUCUCCAACACCUUCACGCUCAAGGCUAGCCGGAACGACUAUGUGCACGCUUUCCUGGGUUGGUUUGACAUUGGAUUCGAGGCAUGCCACAAGCCAGUGCGGUUCUCCACUGGCCCUCACUCGAGGUAUACCCACUGGAAGUCGACCGUCUUCUACAUUCCCGAGGCUCUGAUGCUGUCGCAAGAUCAGGAGAUCAAGGGCUCCAUCAAGGUAUCACCAAAUGAGAGGAACCACCGCGAUCUGGACAUUGUCCUCGGCUGGGAAGUACAGGGACAAGGCGAGGAAGGAAAGGGGGAGAUGGCGUACAAGAUGUCUUGAUUUGCCCUUCACCCUACUCGAUCAACAUCACUACUAAAAAUCACGCAUGCCCACUGGCUCAUCAUCUCUAACAGGUACUAGCUCCUUCACCAGCAACUAUUGUGAUUCCUACAUGCUUGCGACGAGAGUCAUGUGACGGACAGGUCAAGCGCCUGUCAGAAGCAUUCCGUCCAUAGAUAUGCACUCUGUAUCUCGUCCCAGUAGCAGCCAGCCCUCAUUCGGCGUGUACCUCGCGUCCCACAUUCCCUCGCAGCAUCUUUCGUCACUUGUCAAUCUUGAAUACGAACAACUUGUCACUGCCCGU